AUGGUCAAUGUGCCACACGAACCAGAAAUGACCAACGUGCACCAAUUCCGACGACUUUUCACUCAGUCUCCAGCUUGUCCACACGAGAGCACGCCCAUCGGAGCCUAUGCUCUCAACACUGGGAGUCCAAUCCUGUCUCGGAAGAAGUCCACCUCAAUCCACAGAUUGUCACAGCAUAUCAGGCAGAAGCUCUCCGAAUCGAGACUCAGCAAGAGUAGUUCAAGAGUCGAAUAUCAAGACGAGGACGAUGACAAGAUAGCUCGGAAAGUGCUCGAGCCCAUCAUUGAUGGUGACGCAGUCGUGUUAGGCAUCAGUGCAGGUUCAACAGGCCUCAGCGAUUUACUCAGGUCUGGAGAGACCAACGCCAACGGUUACGAUAGUGAUGCACAGAGUAUCAGAACUCCACAUCUGCGGAAUACUUUUGACACCCUGGAGGCCAGCCCAGUGUACGCUCGUCAAUAUACCGACGACGUGGAACUACGACCGGAUGACUCUAUGUCGAACUACAGUCCCUCACCGCGGCAAGCGGCUCCACGUGCCGAAACAUCGCCUGGCAGCAAGGCGAACGACCAUUCAAUCAAUCAUCCCACGAGCCCUGUCAAGGCCGUCUCUAAUAGUGCACUGCCAACACGAUCAAGUGGGUCUCCAAGCGCAGCAUCAGAGCGUUUUAUUAAAGGCCUCACCCGUUGCACGACUGAGCAACCAACCACCAAUAGAGGCGGUCGUACUGAAAGUGCUGACUCUAGAGGCACUGAUGUGACCUCAAAGCUGUCCUUGCAAUAUCCUAGAUCGUCCAGCUUGGGAAGAGUGCCCGAAACGCCCGAAACAAUCGUGAAGAAGCUCAGUGACAGUUCGAACAGUCAUACGAGAGCUAGUGCACGAACGAGUGCCUCUACGAGCAAGCCAGACAAGCUCUCGAAGCAACUGGACCCAGGCUUGCUGGAUUAUUUGGCGAGAAAAUCACCGUCGAGACUGUCAUCUGAGGUGGCCAGGGAGGCUACUUCUCCCAAGACUGCGAUUCCGGAUGAAGAGAGCUCCUUGGUCACCCACAAAGACGACAAAGCAAGCUACAAUGCUUCCAAGCUGAGUUCAUAUGAGCAGUCACGAACUGACGUCGCCUCCAUAACUUCGGAGGUGCCAUCGGAACACUCAAAAUCCGUGCAUCUCUUCAACAUGCACAUCUCUCAACGUCUUGCAAGCAAAUCUACAGCCAUGAUGCUAUCGCCAUCAGCUUCACCGCACACCUCUCGGAAGUCACUUGAUGCAUCUCUUAUACACCCAUGUAGUCUCGCAUCAGGAACAGUGACGCAGAUGCCCACGAGACUUAGGGCAGAGCACAAUCGAAAGCCUUCAGACCCGCAUACAAGAUGCUUAUUUGAACAACCUGCUCAAGCUGCAGCAGUAAAAUGGACACGACGUAGCACGAGCACUGACAGAACGAAGCUUGCAUCCUCCGACAGGGAUGAUGCAAGUUCAUAUUAUACUCACGAUGGUGGGCCACCCUCAGGUGCAGGACAUUUUUCGAGUUUAGAUGGCACAACUAGUAUCCUUCGAAACCCGAAUAGCAUAGCAAUAGGUGGUAGAGCGGCAUCGUCUGAACUCCCGGUGCAACACGCCGGUAGAGAAGCUCUCUUGCCACUUGAACCGACUCCAUCCCGAAGUUUGUCUGCAUCCACGGCAGAUCGAUCAAAUGCACUUGAAGCAGCCUCCAAGGUGAUACACAGAUACAUCGAGUCUGACGCGGAAGCCGACAUAGCUUCAAUAGAGCGAGUACUUCCGGCAGAGCCAAACGAGGCAAAACAAGCAUCUGACCAGGACUGCGGCGAUCGAGGUUCUACCAAGCUAGAUAGUUCCGUCACUCAAGUUAACAGCUCAUCAGCGAGGCGUCUCAGCGCUGGAUGGCUUACCGACGGACAAAGGCAUGGUUGGAAUUACAAUUUUGUGGACGUAGCAACUCCGACGCAACGACGAAACAGUGCUAUCGCGAUGGUGGCUUCUGAGGCGAGCCCUCUUUGCAUCACAGAGUCGGCGACUGACAUGUGGAACCGUGCCUUUCGGGACGCCCACGAGACUGGUGCUGCCAGGGAUUUAUUGUCGAUGCCACCGAUUGAACUGGAUUACUUGCGCCGCCCUUCCUCUCUGAAUACAAUCCGGCCUAAGCAUCGAUCAAGCUUACACAUUCAGACACCCGACGCAGAGAUCCGCAGGUCGCAGAGUGCAGGUCCAUAUGCAAGAGCAGAUCAACAACAAGAACAACAAUCCGAGAAAUUGAAGACAAGCCACCUAUUAAGAACGUUAAAGAGACUUAGUUUCCCACAACUCCGAGCUUCACGACUGCCAGUCUCACAAGGUUCAAGGCCUCGGAAGCUGCAAAAACGAAGCUCCCCAGAGUUGUCCAGUAAAUCUUCGUUCGCUACUCUCAAAGUGACCAAUGGCGCCUCAAAUCGUGCAGGCAAUACACCACCAGUCAAGGAGCUGCUUGGAAUUUGGGCCUCGUUCCCGAGUCAUCAAUACUGGACACGGAAUGGUCCUGCUAGUGAACAGGAUGACGUGUAUGUUCGUGAUUUUGGCGAGGAAAGCAGUGAGCACAAAGUUAGCGAUAUUCCGAAUACUCCAAUACUCAACAGGCGAACCUCGACUGGAGCACUUUUCGCUAUGCAGAGUACCCUAAGGAUGCUAUCGAUCCGCUCUAAGCGACUCGACAGGAAGAGGACCAAAAGCAUGUCUUUUCCUACUGACGUGUCCGAUCGAUUCAGAAAAUCAAGCAAGAUUCUGUUCCUCAAUCGAUGGCGUCGAUUGUAUCGUACGAAGAGUACUGAAUGGCAGGGCUAUAUGACCGACAAAGGAUACCGCAGCAACAUAUCUGCGAGCCGAUCCGUAGAGUUUCCGGAGCUGAAGACCCUGCCUGGCGAAGGUCUGUUCGGCGGAUCUCCUGGUCAACACGACGUUUCCUCAGCUGCUGCAAGGAAAACAUCCCCUGCGAUGGAUGACAGCAACAACAUGGGUAAGCAAAUAUUGUCAGAUGUGACACGAAGAGAGCGGCCAGCAUCUGAGGACAAAGAAAACAUACGAUGGCUGAAAACUAGUGACUCCUCCUUGUGGGAACCAGUCCUUGGUUACGACGAGAAAUUCAACGAGACAAGCGAUAUGCCUCAAUCUGACACAGCGAACAAUGAGGCUUCUUGCCAGGUAAAUCCUAUAUUCAAGGAGAGCUCUACGUUGGAGGACCAGACGAGCAGAUCGCAUGGGGUCAGUCGAUCGAGCGAGGAUCUUCAGAUUCCUGGUAGUUGGAGAAUCGCUGAUUGA